CUUUAGGACUCAGCCGCCACCAUUCAGACAAUGGUAAUAUUAUGGCUGUUUUCACCUAAGAGCUCCGUCCAGCAGCUUGAACCAUAGAACAUGGUGUAGCAGAUGUGAUCCUUCGCUGUGGUGAGAGGAAUCGGAUCGGACCCGCUCAGCAGGAGGCUCAGCAGCUCCUGAUGGAGCACAUCCGGCUACCGAAGGUGGAGAAUGUCAGGCUGCUGGACAAAGUGUCCCCCAGGAGGAGCAGGGUGGGAACCCUCUACCUGACAGCCACCCACAGCAUAUUUGUAGAGAAUGAAGCAGGAGGCCGCAAUGAAACAUGGGUGCUUCACAGUUUGGUGAGCAGCGUGGAAAAACAGGAUGCCGGCCCCUCUGGGUGUCCUCUGCUCAUCCGCUGCAAGAACUUCCAGAUUCUUCAUUUCGGCAUUCCCAGAGAGCAGGACUGCCAGGAUGUCCUCCUGUCCCUGCAGAGGCUCUCCCAGCCUGAGAGUUACGAGGAGCUGUAUUGCUUCUCCUAUAAGCCAAACAUUGAUGAAGAGGAGAGGAGACAGGAGUGGGCCUUCGUGGAUCUGAGGGCUGAUUACCGCCGAAUGGGACUUCCUAACUCUCUGUGGAAACUCUCUCUGGUCAACCAGCACUAUAAGGUGAGUGACACCUACCCUGCUGAGGUGUUCGUCCCUGAGUCGGCCACACCCCCGGUGCUGGUUGGCAGCUCCAAGUUCAGAAGCAGAGGCAGAUUCCCUGCCUUGUCGUAUUACUCCAAAGAAAACCAUGCUACCAUCUGCCGCAGCAGCCAGCCGCUGUCAGGUUUCAGCGCUCGCUGCCUGGAGGACGAGCAGAUGCUGGAGGCCAUCUUGAGGUCCAACCCCCGCAGCGACUUCAUGUAUGUGGUGGACACCAGGCCUAAGUUGAAUGCGAUUGCGAACAGAGCUGCAGGGAAAGGCUAUGAGAAUGAAGAUAACUACUCCAACAUCAAAUUCCAGUUCAUGGGCAUUGAAAACAUCCACGUCAUGAGGAACAGCCAACAGAAAAUGCUGGAAGUGAGUGAGCUUCGUUCCCCCUCCAUGUCCGACUUCCUGGAGGGUUUGGAGAACUCAGGCUGGCUGAAGCACAUCAAAGCUGUUUUGGAUACCGGCGUCUUCAUCGCCAAGGCUGUUGCAGAAGGUGUCAGUGUCCUGGUUCACUGUUCGGAUGGUUGGGACCGUACUUCCCAGGUGUGUUCAGUGGCCUGUGUGCUGCUGGAUCCCUACUACAGGACCCUGAAAGGACUCAUGGUUCUCGUCGAAAAAGAUUGGAUCUCAUUUGGACACAAAUUCACUCAGAGGUGCAACCAUUUGAUUGGAGAUCCCAAAGAGGUGUCUCCAAUCAUUGAUCAGUUCCUGGAGUGCGUGUGGCAGCUGAUGGAGCAGUUCCCCUGUGCCUUUGAAUACAACGAAAGGUUCUUAACCACUCUUCACAACCACAUCUACUCCUGCCAGUUUGGAAACUUCAUUGGAAACAACCAGCGGGAGAGGAGAGAGCUCAGAGUGCAUGAAAAAACACACUCUUUGUGGAGUUAUCUUUGGACGAACCGUGCAGAGUUCAUCAACCCGCUCUACAGAGAGAACCACAGCCAGUCUCAAGGACUCCUCCGACCAUCUACCGCCCCCUACUGUUUCAAAUUUUGGAGAGGGUUAUACAACCGCUUUGACCGGGGGAUGCACCCCCGACAGUCUGUGGAGGAUUACCUGAGGGUAAUCCGAGAUGAGACGCAGCAGCUGGAGGAACAGCUGGAUUCCCACAAGCAGAAAAUAGCCCAACUGGAGGAGAAGGAGGAGGAAGAGCAGGAGGAGGGUGUUAACGAUUCUUUCACAGCAGCCACCUUUGCUAAGAGCCCCACAGCUUGGGCUUUUGGGAAGGACCUUUCAAUGGCCAACACUCCUCAAGACUACACUGGCGGCUUCUUCACCAGCAGCCCCCACACACCCAAAGCCCCAGACAGUGCACUGAUCCUCGCUCCACAGGACUCUAACCUCUCCAACGGCAGCGACCAGGAGUCCGGGAUUGCUGAUUUGAGCUGCCGCUCCCCUGUCAGCGAGGACAGCACCAGGGAUCCCGACUCAGACGAGGCGGUCUAUUCUGCUGCCUGAGCAAAUGUAGCUUCUCCUUUUUCACAACACUGUACUAAAACCACAUAAUACUAACAAUUUAAUUAGACUCGAGAUGUUUGAACAUCUGAUUUACAUUUAAGUUUACACCUAUUGCGGGUACUUCUGGUUCCUACGAACCCAAAACUGUAGCUGCUAACCCCAUUUUUUCCCCCAUUUACCUAUAAAGACACUCCACAGCUAAAGAAAGGGAAACACUUAGUAUUUUUAUGCCAUUUAAUCCAUAUAAAUGCACAAGACUGUUUAGAUUAUGAUCUUCCAUCAAGUAUAGCAAAACCUUAAAUGUUUUAAUUCACAGCACCGCUUGUUUUAUCUACAGUGCCUUCUUAAGGUAUUUAUAAAGCUUGAACUGUUCCAAUUUUGACACAAUACAGCCACAAACUUCAGUGCAUUUGAGAUCUUCCUGCCUUGCUCAUCUACAGACAGAAAUAUUUACCUAAAAUAACCCAAGUUUGUCAGAAUAGAUACAAGAACAUAAUGUAUUUAAGUCUUCCCUGCAAAAAUACUGAAUCAAGUUAUUGACUUUGAGCCAUUCUAGUACAGUGAACAUUUCAGAGUUGCUGUGUUGGUAGAAGGUGAGAUUUUAACAGGGUCUCUUGCAGCAUUGCACAUUAUUGUGUUUAUUUCAUCUUUCUUCCAAGUCUGAUCUGUUUUCCUUUUCCUGAUGGAGAAAAAUAGGUCUAUAGCUUGAUGCCACCAACACAACAUUUUACUGUGAUGAUGGGGUGCGCAUCGUUAGAAAAUAAUGCAUGAUACUGGAAACAGGAUAGUAGUUGUCCUGUCAACUUUCUCUCCCUGAGCUGCGGAUCUGUGCAACUCCUUCAGAAUAACGAGGCUCAUUGGUUGCAUUUCCAUUGGAUGCUCUUUUUGUCAUUUUGGCUGAAUGGCAACCUCUUGGUUGGCCUCUCUGACCUACAGUCACACUAAUAAUCCAGAUAGAACACACUGAAGUUUAUAUCUGUAACAUGACAGAAUUGGAAUAAUUUCAAGGUUAAUAAACACUUUUGCAAGGGACUGUAGCAGGGAUAGGAACCUCACACGAUUCCCAAAAGAAUGGGGACUUUUUUUUUUAAUAAUGGGAUCGCAAAACUGAAUUAAGUCAUACAGGAUGUUUUUUGUCAAUCAGACUCCUGAAGCUGUAACAAUUUAUAUAUCUGUUUGCGUUUCUGGUGCAUUAUUAUUACAAAUGUAGGUGUGCAAUAAAUUUAAAGGAGUGAUAAGCCAAAUUUCACCAUUAGGUGGGGCUGUUCAGCACUGUCUGUAGACCAAAACAAGAUGUGUGAAAAGCGACUCCUCUCAUUAUCUCCAACCUCACCUUGACUCCCCCUGGUGUUUAGGUGAAUUGCUGUGUUAGAGUCUUGACUGCGUCCUCCAAAGGCCAGAUUUGCCGGCCGAUUGCAUCUUAGUGCGUCGCCGUGGCUUGUUCGAAUUGUCAGACUCAUUGGUAUAUGACCAACAAAUGCAGCCCUUUUUUUUCACCUUGUUUGAAGGACAGGACUGCUGUAUCCUCCAUAGCCUAGAGUAUCCCGUGAUUCAUUGCGAGCUCGGAGGACAAAGGAAAAUGGCGACAAACAGUGGUGAAUAUUGUAAGUGCAGUUUAAUUAUAUACUAGUAUGUAAUUCAUUUCAUAUAGAAUUCAUGAGAAUAGUUCAUUUAAAUGGUUAAUGGGUCAGGUAUGUAGCAGGUAAUGUUUGGUUCAAUUAAAAGGUUUUAUCUGUCCCUUUGCAAAUGGGUUUAGCGGACAUUUAAGCACAGAUUCCAACAUCUGUAUUGUGGGGAUUACAGUGUGAUAUCUGCUAUAAUGUUAAUGCAGCUGAGACCGCUGGUCCUGUUAGAUUCUAUAGAUGAACUUUUUCGGCCUCCUUAUUUAACAAAGCCUUUGAAGGACCCAACCCAGGUAGAUGGGUGCUUCGGAGGAAGCAGCCCUGAAAUCUAACACAGCAAUUGUUUCAGAUCCAAUGAAUGCUGUCUUCUCUAGGUAGGAAAGGGCCAAAUCCUAAGCAGCUUCUGUUUACAUGCCAGCCCAGCAUGAGACUGAAGAACAACACCUUUGGUGUGUGACGCCAUAUUCCAUCAUCUAAAAGUUCACAUAUUGUUUUUAAUUCUAUCUAAAAUAAUGAUUUUUUGCUAAUUGCUACUUUAAAGCUUUACUUUGCAGAUACUGAUCCUGCUCCUAAAUAUAUCAUGUAUAAUAGCUGACUUACAAAUCUCGUUUGUGUUUAAAAGAUGUUAUGAGACCAGAUUGAGUGAAUGGAGUUAAUCAUUUAACUGCUAAGCCAGCUGGCUAGAGCAUAUGAAAACCAACAUAUUGCUUAUUUUGAAAUUAAUAAUACAUAUUACCAAGUAUUUUUUUAUUCCGCUCAUAUUAACAUGAGUAAAUUGUCUUAAAUGUGCAAUUUGUUUCCAGCCUGCUUGUUUUUUUGGUUUUGUCUUAGUUUUUUGUUCCUUUUUUCUGUGCAUCAUGCAUUACUGUGGAAAUAUUUAUGCAAAUGAUCAACCAACGCAUGAAAACAUAUUUUUGUACCUUUUAAUUUUAUGUGUUUAAAUCUCUAUAUUAAAUGCUUUUUAUUUUUGCCAAAGGGAUAAAAAUAUAAGUCUACUUGAAUGUUGCAUUUAUUUAUACAAAGGUUUACAGGUUUAUACUACUGGCUUCAUUUGUUCAGAUAAAGGGAAAGCAGCUUCAUCUGAUCCAAAUGUUAUGUUUUGAAAAUUAUGACCAACUUCUUUUAAAAUGUAUUUUAUAUUGCAUGUUAUGUUAUCAUUUUGGUUUCUGUCAUUAUAACCCACAUAUCAGAAAUUUUUGUAUUUGAUUGGACACACACAAGCAAAUAAACUGCCUAAUAGUGA